AUGAUCAAAGAAUGGCUCACCAUAGCCAUGGACAAGGAGAUUCAAGGAAGCGUAAACUAUGCCAAAUCUGCUGCGGAAAUCUGGUCAGACCUUCAACAAAGGUUCGGUAAGGAAAGUGCACCACAUGCAUAUGAACUAAAGCAAUCCAUCUCGAGUACAAGGCAUGAGGGAAUGGCGGUAUCAGCCUAUUACACAAAACUUCGCAGGCUGUGGGAUGAAAUACAAUCCUUUCUUCCCACCCCAAAAUGUACGUGUACAGGUUGCACCUGUGGCAUUGGAAAAUCUUUCAAGGAACUUAGUGAAAGGGAACAACUUUACGAGUUCCUCCUGGGUCUCGACAACGAACUCUUUGUCAUAAGGACUCAAAUACUUGCCAUGAAACUGACCCAAUCAUUGGAAAAUGCUUAUCACUUGGUCGCCGAACAUGAACAACAAAGAUCAAUAACGAGUGGGAAAAGAUCUGCCCAUGAGGGAGUAGCAUUUCAAGCAUCUAUUAAACGCAGUCAAAACACGAAUCUAAAAAACCUAGAUCCACGAACAACUUCGACUAAUCCAUCACGGGCGAACAUGAAUGUGGAUGGCUGCUCCAGCAGCAACGGCGACAACGAACAUGCAGAAUUAGCGGCCUCCUCUGGUAGUGAACAGAUCAGUGGCGAUUUCUUCCCAGAAACUCUCAAAUCGACUUUCCAAGGACUAAUUCGGGACCUUUUUGGAAUGGCUCAGGCAAAAAGCUCUCUCGGAAGUGAAUGA